GACUCGGGAAGUAGCAGAAUACUUUGCUUUAUUGUCUUUCAUUUUCUUAUUCUUUUGCCUCCUGAAGACUUUGCACGAAUACCAAAGUGAUGGCGGAUGUCGGACUAGGUGUCGUCGGCCUCAUCGGGCUGUUUAAUACCUGCUUGGAAGGCUACAAAAUAUGUCUGUCAAUCCAAGACUCAGACGAUGAUCUGAAACUUCUACGAGCGCGGAUGUACCUGGAAAAGGAGCGUUUUGCGAAUAUAGGGAGAACAUGUGGGUUAUUGGGAGAUGGAACUGGCGACAAGGGGAGGACAGAAGCGCUCAACGAAUUUCUCGCGAAGAACAAAUUUCGGAGGAAGUCGAUCGAGGAUAUAUUGGUUCUAAUCGAUAAUUUACUCGAAAAGGCUGAAGAACUAAAUAAGAAAUAUGAAGAGAACGAAGGGUUGCCGGAAGCACUUCAAGACAACGAUAUGAAAGAGAAGUUGGCAGGCAAGUUUCGGGGACUCAAGCGUUCUUUGAGGAAAGGGACUUGGUCCAUUCGAGACAAAGCGGCCUACGAGCAGAUGCUUGGUCAUUUGGUAGGAUUCAACACCGCCCUAGAGCGCAUUCUCCCAGAUCCAUUGCAACAAUUCCUCGCCACUGUGUUGCCGGCUACAAUCUGCGCCUCAAGCAAUGAGGACACUUUGACACAAGCAAGCCAAAUUCCCACUUCUGAUGCUUUCCUGAAAUCCCAGAUACAAUGGACAAGCGAAGUCCUGGGAGUUGUGAGCAUACCUCGCGGGACGGAGCUUGAUAUUGCCAGCUUCACAAACUCGGCCCCACUGGGGAAGGACAAGUCGAGGCUUCUCGCCACUGAUGCGAACAGCCAAACCAUCUUCAUCGAGUGGACUCCAUGGGAGCGGGUGUCAAUGCGAGCAGACAAGCCCACACGGGCAUCGCGAAUAUCAGGCCUUCUCCGGGAUGAGAAGUGUGACGAACUGCGACUGCUUCCUUGCGCCGGAUAUCUGGAAGAGCACAGUGAUCUUUCAGAUAAAGUGCGAUACGGACUUGCCUACAGAAUCUCCACGCGUCAUAAGAAAGUCAAAAGCCUUUACGACUUGCUUGAAUCCUUUCAGACGAUCCGGCUUCCCGCGCUUGAGGCCCGCUUUGAGCUUGCGCGAACUUUAUGUCGAGCAGUUCUCCUGUAUCACUCAUCUGGCUGGAUCCAUCAUGACUUCCGGUCGCACAACAUCAUCUUCACGGAGGGGAAAGGCGAAGAUGGCACAGGCGCAACUAGCGCAGAGUAUCAAGGCGUCGAUAUCGGUCGACCGUUCGUCGUCGGCUUCGGCCACGCGCGAGAUGAGAACGAUGCUUCCCUUAUGUUUGCGGAUGAGAAAGCGGUGAGCAAGACGCUGAAGCAGCAGAGGAGGUACUGGUCGCCGGACUACCUGGCGAGUAGCGCAGAAAAACGCACCAAUCGUGCGUUCCAGCAGUCUCACGACAUAUUCUCCCUUGGCUGCGUUUUACUAGAGAUCGGCGUAUGGAGACCGCUCGAGAGCUAUACAUGGGAGAAGGCGUAUAGCAACGAUCAUACAACGUGGUACCAGCGACUAACGAAAGAGGAGGGCAAGUUGACGGCGAUGUGUGGAUCGCGGUAUGCGGCCGCUACGAUGAGAUGUCUGAACUGGAAAUCAGCAAACGUCGAGAAGGAUGUGCGGGCUCUGGCAUUUGAGGUGUUAUUGAAGCUGGAGGAGAUCACGGUGUGAAAUUCUCGCUCCAUUGAUGAUACAUUUCUAUAGAACAGUCGUAUUUCGAGCGAUUACCGUUCAUGAUAAUGAAGACUCUCUAC